AUGAACCUAGAUGGUAGCAGGGAGUUUGAGAGGCUGAAACGCUCAUUUGCAGCAACCUGGCGUCAUGAGAAAGGACCCCUUCCAAGGAUAUGCUUCAUUUUGAAGAUCCUAAACCCAGCACUGGAACAGAGAUUCGAAGCCUACAUUUGCUGUUUGCCUCCACUAUACAGAAACAUAGAGGAAUUCUACCAUGGAACUGCAUUCAAGUGUAGCAUGCCAAGAGGUGAAUCUGUGUGUUCCAACGCCGAAUGCGGAGCCUGUGGCAUAGCCAAGAAAGGGUUUGACCCUGAACGGAUAAGCUCUCAAGCGUGGCAGAGGUUCGGAAAAGGUUUCUACUUUGCCGUUAAUUCCUCAAAAGCCUAUGAGUACCCGCUUUCCCUUUAUCGUCGUCCUCGAGCACAACAGCCCAUACACCGCUGUCUUCUGGUUUGUGAAGUUGCUCCCGGACGCAAGCAUAUUGUGUAUCAGGACGAACCAUCUCUUAAAGGACCGCCACUCGGCUGCCACUCAGUGUAUGGGAAAGUCAACCGCUCUCCAAGUGGACUAAACUACGAGGAAAUUGUAGUCUAUCAGACAGAGGCAAUUAGACCACGCUAUAUCCUCGUUCUUCAGAAUACGUUUGUGCAAUCAUGA